UCGAGUCACAAGCAACCCAUUCGCCAUUAUGUCAGCUAGGACACAUGCUCUAGGCCUCCUUUGCCUUUUGGUUUUCCUUCAAGGAAGUUUCACUACUCAGGCCCAAGGUGGUGAUUAUAUCCAGCUUUGUAGCGAAGCCAACAGCAUCGCUGUGGAUCUUAGUUUGUUCUCGGGCAUUUGGUGGGAGGUGGCUCGUCAGCCAGCUGCAACUGAUUUUUGCACUGAGGUGAAUAUAACUGUGGUUCCGAAUCAAGAACAGGAUAAUGUCUUGAUUGAUACCACCUACGCCGUAUCGCCCGAUUACCCAUGGGUGAAUCAAACCAUGAAUGCCACCAUCACCGUGGAGAACAAUACAGAAACUCUAGAUGGUUUUAACUUCACCUACUGGAAUCCCCCUAGCUACACCCCCUAUGCAGUGUAUAAGGUCCUUUACACUGACUACACCGAUGUGGCCCUCAUUUGUGGCUACACAAAUCAGACCGAUAACUCCACUUCAUUCGGAAUUAUCCUCACUAGGGAGCGUACCCUCACCACCGAUGCUUUAAAUAAACUAGAGAGCAUGGCGUUUGGUCUAUCCUCAAACUUUUUGAAUGGCACCAUGUCAACGAUAACCCAGGGAGAAACUUGCUAUGCACCAUCUGCAGCCAACCCUUCUGCCAUUAUCUCCAUGAUGUUGAUUGCCAUGGCCUUCGUUCUUGCCAUUUUGGCUGACCGUCAAAUAAAUUAGUUUGCAUCGAAAAAGGAAGAUAACGAUGUAAUCUUAUCUGAGAUUUCAAUUUGUUGUAUAAAAUUUUAAAUUUAAAGAUCAAAUCAAUAAAAACGCAUUCAUAUUUA